AUGUCGCGCACUUCCUCGACGACCACGCCGACAUGGCAUCAGUUCGAGCGGAAGGUCGAAGAGGUCAAGCCAUCCAAGACUGAUGUCAAUUACUUGGUCAUGGACUACCUUAUCACAAAUGGCUACCCUGCUGCUGCAAACAAGUUCGCGGCUGAGGCCAACAUCCAACUUCGGACAGAUCUUGACGCCAUACAGGAGCGGGUUGAUAUUCGGACUGCAAUUCACUCAGGAAAUAUUCAGUCGGCGAUUGAGAAGAUCAACGAGUUGAACCCUCAGAUUCUGGAUGAAGACCCGUCUCUGCACUUCGCACUCCUGCGCUUGCAGCUGGUAGAACUAAUCCGCGCUUGCACGUCCAGUCCCGACGGCGACAUCAGUCCAGCCCUCGAGUUCGCGACGGCGCAGCUAGCCCCUCGCGCUCCAACCAAUCCACAGUUCUUGGAGGACCUAGAGCGGACUCUGGCACUGCUCAUUUUCCCUAAUGACAACCUUACUCCGUCUCUGGCCGCCCUCUUGGACCCUGGUCUCCGUAAAGAAAUUGCGACGCAAGUGAACGAGGCAAUCCUGCAAAACCAGGGCGCACGUAAAGAGGCGCGCCUGCGAAACCUCGUUAAGCUGCGCGCGUUUGCAGAGAAUAAGGCCCGUGAAGCUAAGAGGGACAUUCCCGAGAAGCUGGACAUCGGCCUCGUCGGCGAUUCUCACAGCGGCAGCCAAAGUAGUAACACUAACGACCCCAACAAUGAUUCCAGCCAUAAUGGCACCGACACAGUCAUGGCCAACAACGGUGACCUAGACAACAUGAUCUCGUGA